GGAACACUUCCUAUUCUUACACACGUCCAUAGACUACUCGUUCAACGGGCCUCUCUCUGAACAUCCGAAUCUGCCUUCUUUGGUCCCACUUUCUCUUUCCUUUCCUUCCCAUUCACUCUCUCGUUUGGUUUUCUUCAUCGCUCUUUCAAAGACUCUACACUACUAGUUUCUACGGUUUAACCUCCUACCUGCCUAGAAUAGUGUUUUCUGUCCCAGAUACCACACAGUGAUGCACCUCUCCCGCCUCGCCGUCUUGGCCCUAUUCGGCCCAAUUCUCCUCUCCUACACCCAAUCCCUCCAUCUCAACGGUAACUUUGACCACCCACACGCCCACGACCGCAACCGUGCAACAAAACGCGACAUCCUCGGCAACAUAUUCAGUCCCCAGCAACCUCCAGCUUCAGCCCCAUCCCCUGCACCAGCAUCCGCAGUCCCACCCACUUCAGAGGUACCAGCAGCACUCCCACAACCGCAACAGCAACCCUCAUCAACAUCCUCCACCGAUAUCCCUUCCAUCGACCCCUCCAAGACCAAUGGCAUAGCGCCUGUGCCCAGUCUGAUCGGUGAAGUCCCCAACCCACCCACCCAAAGCAACAUUACCGGUUCCCCUGUCUCCGCACCUGUUGCUACCUCAACAUCAUCCUCCACCUCACCCACACUUCCCAAAAAGAAGCAACCCGCAGGGUCCAACGCUGGCACUAACCAAGACCCUUCUUCAACCGAUGGCUCAACCGAUGACCCCGACGCAUCAGCUUCAAAUGACCCAGCAGCGGGAUCUGCAAACAAAUCGCACACCGGCCCCACAGACCAGAAACAGAGACCACUCUCCCCAGGUGUGAUCGUACUGAUAGUUAUCAUUAUCCUCGCAGUCCUAACCGCCGUACUCUUUAGCUGCUACAAAAUACGCCAAUCUCGACGUCGUCGUCGCGAGAGCUGGAGUGAGGACUUCUUAAAGAACCAUGCAGGAAGCGUUGGCUAUACCGCAGGAGGCGGCUAUGGCAUGGUUAUCGGCCACAAGGAAAAGCCCGAUCUCUGGAGAAAGAACCUUGAUCUGUUCCAUCGCGAGUAAAUACUGAGCCAGCAGCCCCUACUUCACGUUCAUCAUGGGAGCAUGCAUAUCCUGCACUACCAGCAUCGUUUUAUGGCUCCCUUUAAAACAACUCUCUCUCUCUCUCUCUCUCUCUCCUGCCACGAUUGUUUAAUGUCUUUGAUCAUGAAUAAAGCG